AUGGGUUCGAUCAUCGCCCUCAACAAUGCCCGUCUUCAAGAGACACCCUUUCCCUCAACAGAAUACAACAAGCUUCCUCAUAUAAGAACUAUGUCGAACGCUGCUACCGAGCACUCAAAGGAACAUGCUAUUCUCCUAGGGAUCAUAGCAGCCCAUGGACUUCGAGGGACUUUCUCUCUCCACCUAAUCCAUAAACAUUAUGAUAUUCCCGAAGGCCGUUUCAUGGUUUAUGAGAAUGUUCAGAGCACAGGUCACCAGGACUUUGUUUUGUGCAGUCCCAGGCUCCCGGAAAAAUACCCGAAAACACGGGGCCUCUACUUCAAAGCUAUCGCUGAGGGUCGUAUGGCGGCGUACGAGUUCACUACGGAGCCAGGUGUUGACCUAUCUGCACACGAAGAUUUUGUGGCCAAAUUCUCCUCGGCUAUGAUCAAACUCGGGGUCCAAGACAUAUUUGCUCUUACUGCUAUGUCUAUCUGCCCAGAAAAUACAGUUCUGACUGAGUUUGAGAUGGCUGAUGCCCUCUCAACAGUUUUGGUUCCCGAUGCUUCCUGGCUACCAGCCCAGGAUAUGGCAGCAUCUACUCCGACAGACUGGAUUGCAACACAGGACUAUGAAAAAUAUGCAGAAGGUCCUGUGUCUGGAACCAUUCAACUGAAAAGCCUGGAUGCCCGAUCAAAACUUGGCCACUACAAUAUCGGAUGCACUGAGACCCGAUCAGGAAACCAUUACAAGCUGACAAAACGGACUCAACUUGGCACCGGCGAUGGGCUGGAGACCCUAUCAACACCUGGCUAUUACAAUAUCGGAUGUACUGAAACUCGGUCGGGAAACCAUUACAAACUGGAACGGUCUCAAUUUGGCACCGGCGAUGGGCCUGAAGACCCCAUCUUGGAAAUAAACGGCGAAGUUCUUCAACGUGGAAGCGAGCCACACGCUAUUGUGUCUCAUGCCCUUUCCUUGGUUGAUGCCAUUUAG